CUUAUCGACCUGGCAGAAGUCUGAAGAACAAGUCGCUGUAGACCAGCUGUUAUAUGAAAACAGCUGGGCGAUCAGGGCGAGAAGAGAUAAACAACAAUACAACGAAACACAAUUUUUCAUACACCAAAAGGGCUUCAUCUGUGUGAGCAGGCAGGAUGGCAGGGGCGGAGGUCUACGGCCCUGUUAACCCCUCCUGCAAGAUCAUGACCUUCAGGCCCACCGUGGAGGAAUUCAGAGACUUCAACCGGUACCUGGCCUACAUGGAGUCACAGGGGGCGCACCGUGCUGGCCUCGCCAAGGUGAUUCCUCCUAAGGGCUGGCGUCCUCGGUGUAGCUAUGAUGAUAUUGAUGACUUGGUGAUCCAUGCCCCGAUACAGCAGAUGGUUGCAGGCCAGUCAGGCCUGUUCACUCAGUUCAACAUCCAGAAGAAACCGCUCAGCGUGAAGGAGUUCAGACGCCUCGCCAACAGUGACAAAUAUUGUACUCCCCGCUACCUGAACUAUGAGGACCUGGAGAGGAAGUACUGGAAGAACCUGACUUUCGUAUCUCCCAUAUAUGGAGCUGACGUCCCCGGGAGCCUCUAUGACGAGGGUAUAGAGGAAUGGAACAUCGGCCACCUCAACUCCAUCCUGGAUGUGAUUGAGGAGGACUGUGGUGUUUCUAUCCAGGGGGUGAACACACCCUACCUGUACUUUGGCAUGUGGAAGACCAGCUUCUCCUGGCACACUGAAGACAUGGACCUUUACAGCAUCAACUACCUGCACUUUGGAGAGCCCAAGUCCUGGUAUGCCAUCCCCCCUGAACAUGGGAAGAGACUGGAGAGACUGGCUACAGGUUUCUUCCCCAACGGGUUUAAAGGAUGUGAGGCGUUUCUCCGUCAUAAGAUGACCCUGAUCUCCCCUUCCAUCCUGAAGAAGUACAGCAUUCCCUUCGACAAGAUCACCCAGGAGGCGGGCGAGUUUAUGAUUACCUUCCCCUAUGGUUACCACGCUGGCUUCAACCACGGCUUCAACUGCGCCGAGUCCACCAACUUCGCUAGUGUCCGAUGGAUCGACUACGGCAAGGUGGCCACUCAGUGUACAUGCAGUAAAGACAUGGUGAAGAUCAGUAUGGAUCCCUUUGUGAAGUGGUUCCAACCGGACCGCUAUGCUGUAUGGAAGCUGGGGAAAGACUCCUGUCCUCUGGAUCACACCCGAGCCACGCCCGCCACCACCCCAGAACUACAGAACUGGCUACAGCGCAGCCGGGUCAAGACUCCUGUGAACAGCAGUCUCCCACACCCACGGACCAGAUCCAAGCGCCUGAGGACCAGCGAGGAGCCUGUAGCCUUGGAAGGGUGCUCUGUCCUGGGUAGGAGGAGAGGCCUCGGAGGCACCCUGGGUCCCAAGGUCCGGAGAGGCUGCAGGGCUGGGGAGGAUGAGGAGGAGGAGGAUGAGGAGGAAGGAGAGGAUCAGACUGAGAAUACAUUCCGGCUCCCUGGUCCUUGCCGGCAGAUGUGUGUGGUGAAAGUCAACAGAAUGGAAGUGGAGAGUGACCGGUUGGCCUUUCCCUGUCCUCCUGAACCUCUGCGCCCCUCGUCUUUCCCCUCGCCCUCACCCUCACCCUCUUCCGACUUCGCUUCUCGCCCCUCUCCCUCUCUGACCCCUGUCUCAGUGGACACCACAGAACAAGGGACAGGGGUAGGGACUCACCCCUCACCCCAUCUGCAUCCCACUAACCCCCCACAGAACCCCUCAGGGUCAGAGUUCCCAGAGGUCAUUAAAGGACCCCAUCAGAGGUCCGAGGCUGCCCCUACACCUGCCCGAUCAGAAAGAAGAGAAAUCCCCGGAGGACCGUUUAAGUCAGUAUGUAUAGAAUCUACUCCACUGGGACUGGUCCCUGACGACUGCUCUAUGGAUGUCCACCCCUCUCCAGACCCCUUACGGACCAGGUUACCUUGCCCCAGAACGGUGCACCCGACUGGGGCUCAGGGGUGUACGGACUCAGCCUGUGGCCCUGGAGCUUUUCAAUCAAGCUCUUCUUACGUAGAGAAGUCGUCUCUAAACCUAACCUCAACCCUAGCCCCCAGCACUGAGUAUACAAUGGAUACAUGUCAAGGUACUGCGGUUAAUACUAACACCACUACUACUACUACUACUACUACGACGCACAGCAGUCACAAGUCUGAAAGCAGAACACCAGCACUUUAUAAUGACAUUUACACUAAUACUGACUCCGGGCCCAGAGGACGUGUUAUUUCCAGCCCGAGUUCUGGUCCGGCUAACUUGUUCAGGUGUAGUGAACCAAACUGCCCUCCUAUUGAAAAGUGUUCCUCUCUUCCUAUGUCUACUACACACAACUGUGUCCCCAUACAACACCCUUCCCUUCCGAGGUGUAGUUUACAAGACUGUUCCCCUCCUCUCCUCCAGUUGAACAACGGGGUCGACAUGCCCUUCCUCACUCCAGAACUGUCUGGAGAGACGAGGUUCUGCCCGCCCCUGCCGCCCGUUCUCACCCAGGAGAUGCCCUCCCUCACCCUCGCCGUCAGCGGAGGUCACGCCGAGAUCAAAGGGCCGAGGUUGUCGUCGUCGUCGUCCUCCUCGACCGGGCGACACGGUGGUGCUCUAACCUUAGCGGAUUUACCGGACGGUCACCCGGUCCUCGCCCCCGUGCUCCAACGCGAGACGCCCACGACCCUCUCGUCAGGAACAGAAACGUUAACGGACGAGGUGUGCGAGGUAGAGUUGGCGUCGAAGAAGUCGGAGGAAGAGGAUUUUCGACCGUUAGCGCCUUACAGCGACUGGUGCUUGGGUUCUACUGAAGACCACCAUAGACCAGAGCUGGAUUUACAGUUAGCGGCUUACGCGGCUAGUGAAACUAGCGACGCUCAACCCAAAAUGGCCGCCUCUGAUCACAAAAUGGCCCCCUCUCGGCACUCUGGUCCUACUGAAGACCACCACCAUAGGCCAGAGCUGGAGUUACAGGUAGCAGCUUACGCGGCUAGUGAAACUAGCAACGCUCAACCCAAAAUGGACACCUCUCUGCACAAAAUGGCCGCCGCCACUUCCCAUCUAGAAGCACUACCAAUCCAAACAUUGUCUGAGGCAGUACUGACCACCGAGAACCACUGUAGUCGAACCUCCGCGGAGACCCAUGCUAGCAAUAAUAACCACAUGCUCUGUGACGUUACACUACUGCCAACGCAGCAAAUACAGAAACACAGGUCCUCGACGGCAACCGCAGCAGUAUCCAUGGACUCCAACUCAGAAGGAUCCUCUCAAAGAGACAAUGUAUUUAGAGACUCCAGUACUAAGGGUUUAUAUCUAGCUAGCACCAGUUUGACUUCUAAAGAUAAGUUGAUCCACUCUUCUGAGCUGAGUGAAUUAAAUGACAAUUCAGCAACAUUACAACACCAAAACAACAACGACCAAACUCCACACUCAAACAUGGAUGCCGUUUGUAGUUCCCGAAACGUGGAAUCCAUUUGUAGUUCCCAAAACGUGGAUUCCAUUUGUAUUUCUCGAAACAUGGACUCUGUUUGUAGUUCCCAAAGCCUCUACCUGGAGCCCAAACCUUUCUCAGACGGUAUCUGGAAGAACCUCAACUCCCAGAGUCCUGCGGUGCUCAUCGAGAGCCUCCACCACCCGGAGCUCCCCGCCGACUAUACUCACGAUGCACUGCCCUACACCAUGUGGACCGAGCCGCAGUGCAAAGAGGUCACAGACCUCGAUCACGAAACUGAGACGGACGACCAGGACCCAGAGGGACAUGGGGACGGGCCUCUCACCUGGGCCCAGCUGGAGUCCACCUCUCUGGGGUCGGCCGGUGUCGGGGAGCCCCUGGGCCUCUGUGGAGACUUUGAGCUCCAGAGAGGGGAGGUGGAGGCAGCGGAAGCCCUGGCUCUGUGCAGGGAACUGGGGGUGGAGAGGGAGGCCGAGGGGGCUCUAGAACCUGACCCUCCUGAAUCGCCCUUGGAGGAGAGACUGGGGGAAGGAGAGGAGGAGGAGGGGGUGUCAGAUAUGGAAGAGGGAGAUUCGGAGGAUGAGGGGCAGAGCAGCACGAGGGGGGAGAGUAGUAGUGAGUCAUCGGAAGGAGAGGCUGAAGAAGAGGAGGAAGAAGGGGAGGAAGACUAUGAUAAUGAUUUGAGCGACUUUGAGUGUGGCGACUCGGGGCUGGAACCUGGAGAGGUUUGCACUUACCCUGCUGCUCCGCUGGUGAAGAGAACCAGUAAGAGCUGGCGUCGCCCUCUGAGGAAGCCCACCGCCCGGGCCGUGCCCUCCACUGUCAAACAGGCUGUCAGCGACGACGAACCCCCUGAGGCGUCUUUGAUGGAGGAGCAGGAGGCUGAGCCAUGGGCUAAGCCCCUCCUCUUCCUGUGGCAGACCAGGAAGUGUUACUUCACGGCGGAGAGAGAGUACAACGCAAACGCAGCCAAGAUGUUGCCGCACUGCGCUGUCUGCACAUUGUUCAUGCCCUACUACCAGCCUGAGGACAGAGCUGACCGCCUCAAGCCUGUCCCCUCCUCUCCUCUCCCGUCGUCCUCUCCGCCGUCUCCCACUACCUCCAGGAUUCGAGGAGGACCAGGGGGUCUGAGGAGGAGCAAGCCCCUGCUACCAGAGAUCUGUUUCAGCUACAGGGAGCAGACGUGUCCCCCGACCCCCACCAACGCCCUGCUGCAGGAGGACGGCACCAGUCCCCUGCUCACCUGUCAGGGAUGCUGCCUACAGGUUCAUGCUAGUUGCUAUGGCGUUGCCGCUGAUGCUGUCAGUGAGGACUGGUCGUGUGAUCGCUGUGCGGAUGAAUCCUUGACGGCUGAGUGUUGUCUGUGCAAUCUGAGAGGAGGUGCUCUGAAGAAAACUACAGAUGACAAGUGGGCCCACGUGAUGUGUGCAGUAGCUCUGUCAGAGGUCUGGUUCAGGGAUGAAGUCAGGAGGAGUCCCAUUGAUACCAGCAGGAUACCCAUGCAGAGAUACAAACUGAAGUGUAUCUACUGCCGUAAGCGCUGUGUGAGGCGUGGCCAGGGUGGGGGAGGGGCAUGUAUCCAGUGUUCGUGCGGUCGAUGUCCCACCUCCUUCCACGUUACCUGUGCCCACGCCGCCGGGGUCACCAUGGAGCCGGACGAUUGGCCUUACGUGGUGUCAAUCACCUGCCACAGGCACCAAUCACGGAGCUCGUCUGCUGUGAGUACUCAGAGCGACUCGGCUUCGGUCUCUCCCACCACACAGCGUGCAGCGUUUCAGAAGGACAUCGUCCUGGGUCAGACCGUCAUCUCCAAACACAAGAACCUGCGCUACUACAGUUCAAAGGUCACCCAGGUUACCUCCCAGACCUUCUAUGAGGUCAUGUUUGAUGACGGAUCCUUCAGCAACGACACCUACCCAGAGGACAUAGUGAGCAGGGACUGUGCCCGUCUUGGUCCUCCAGAAGUAGGGGAGGCUGUCCAGGUGAAGUGGCCUGAUGGACUCUUCUAUGGAGCCAAAUACCAGGGAUCCAACACCUCGCAUAUGUACCAGGUGGAGUUUGAGGAUGGUUCCCAGGUGGUAGCUAAGAGAGAGGACGUCUAUACUCUGGAUGAAGACCUUCCCAAAAAGGUGAAAGGGCGACUCUCGACGGCAUCCAGCAUGCGUUUCCAGGACGCCUUCUUCACCACCCAGGGAGAGAGGAAGAGACAGAGAACACCCAACUCCCGUUUCCAGAAAGACUAUGUGGCCCUCCCAGGCCUCCUUACCGCCAGCAAGAGCACAUGGGAGCCCCGCAGCCCUAAAGGAAAAUGAUAGAGGGGUGGAUCAAGUGAUGACAAAUGAAUGCACUGAUGUAUGUGUGUGUGAGUGUAGCUGUGGGAUGUACAGGUGUGUGUGUGUGUGUGUGUGUGUCGGGGGGUAGGAAAGAGGGCUGGGCAGAGGACCAUUUAAAUUGGACUGUAUUGUCCUGAAGAAGGGUUAUCAUGAGUUGUGGUGGUUACCCAGUGCUUUCUCGUGAGUCAGGGAAUUCAAAACAAAAAAAAAAACGAUUUGUCACCUGAUUUGCGUUUAAAAAAAGACAAAAACACAUGUUUUUCUUUGUAUAUUACCAAAACAAACAGAGCUUCUUCUUUUCUAAACAAGCCCUACAACACAGUAGCGUUUUGGAAUCUGCUGUAUCUACCUGAGGAUUAUUUUGAAUAUGAAUGCAUCCCCAGUCCCAACCCGUGUCCCAAAUGGCACCCUAUUCCCUAUGUAGUGCACUACUUUAGACCAGGGCCCUGGUUAAAAGUAGUGCACUUCUAUAAGGGAAUAGGGUGCCAGUGUUUUCCCUCUCCGCAUGUUAGCUGUCGUCUACUGCUUCUGCUCCUCGGCCGCGUCUCCAUACUCUCAAAGCGGCUUCCUCUCCUCGUUUCCUUGUAUACUCGUCUCCUUUCCUUUAUCCUCCAUUCACGCUGACCUGAAAGGACUGGGAAGGUGAAGGCGAACACACACACACAAAAGACAUCGGCCAUUUUUUGAUAUUGCUUUAAUUUGUCUGGGUCAGUGCCAGAUCAGUGCAGAUUAAGGAAAGGAGUUGAGGAAAGGAGACGAGAAGAGGAAGCAACUAGAUCAUUGAGUUCUCUGUCCUCUUAACAUGUGAAACAGAGUUGCUACUGUCGCUGUGUUGAAUAAAAACACCAUCAUCUAAUUAUUUAAUUUAAUAUUUUUAUUUAUUUUUGGGGCUUGCUUUUAAAAAAAGUAUUGCUAACUGCUGUAAGGAAAACAAUAAAUAACUUUCAUGUC